AUGAUGGAAUACAAAGUUGAAAUGUGUUAAGAGCACUCUUAAGAAGCUAUAGUUGCCAUCGAUGAAGCUGAGUAAGAUUUAAAAAUAAGAAAAUUAUGUCUAUAAUGCUUAGCCAAAGGAUAUAAGAGAAAAAUAACUUUACUUAAAGAUUCUAUAAAUUAAGUGGAGGAAACUAAAGCUCAAAUUAAAUAAGAUAGAUAAUGUUAACUCUAAAAUAACUUAGAAUCCUUAAGAAGCCUAGUUUAAAAUAUUGAAUAACUGAAAGAUUUUUAUAUUCAGAAGAUAGAGACAACGAUAGAAUUUGUGAAAAAGUGGAUCAUCUAAAUUUAAAAUAUGGAGGAAGAAUUUAUGAAUAAAAUAUCAUCUCAUGAUUAAAAUGAUAUACAACAAUUUUUAAGCUUUAUUCAGUAAUAAUAGGACAUACAAAUUAAGGAAUGA